AUGGCCACCGAAAAGAAAGAAGUGACACUGUCUGCUACAGUCGAAGAGCCACUCGAUUUGCUCCGUCUCAGUUUGGAUGAGAGAGUUUAUGUCAAAAUGAGAAACGACAGAGAGUUGCGCGGUCGUCUCAGAGCUUUCGAUCAACAUUUGAACAUGGUUUUAUCGGAGGUUGAAGAGACAAUCACCACCCGUGAAGUCGACGAAGACACAUUCGAAGAGAUCUACAAACAAACAAAACGUGUUGUUCCAAUGCUUUUCGUUCGUGGUGAUUCUGUCAUUCUCGUGUCUCCACCGAUUCGUGCAUCCUAAUUCAUCGUCAUCAUUUUCUCGCAAUUUUAAAUUUUUCUCAUCUUGUGAUCUUCUAAAUCUAAACACACACAUACGUUAUUUUUGUUUAUGAAUAUUUUUCGGAACUCU